CUUGAAGGCAACAAGUUGGUGGCACAUGAUGGGGCGGGCCACAAAGGUGAUUAGCGGCACGGCCAUCUCGGCCAAGAUCCGGCAGCAGAUCAAGGACAACAUUGAUUCAGUCGUGGCCCUCACUCAAACCACAGAGCGGCCCGCUUUAGGGAUGAUCAUGGUGGGCGACCGACAGGACUCCCGGCUGUACGUGGAAGCCAAGGGCCGCGCAUGUGCUGAAGUUGGCAUCCGCGCCGAGAACCGAUUCUUUGCACAAUCCACGACACAAGCCGAAAUUCUGCGUCAAGUGCAUGCCUUCAAUGCCGAUCCGACCAUCGACGGCAUUCUCAUUCAGAUGCCACUGCCGGCCACGAUCGACGAAAAAGCUGUGGUGGAUGCGGUGCUACCUACGAAAGACGUCGACGGUCUGCAUCCGUACAACGUUGGCGAAUUGGCCAUGCGUCGACGGACGCCGUACUUUACGGCGUGUACACCGGAAGGCAUUGUGGAGAUGCUCGACCAAGAAGCGGUCCCGAUUGCAGGCCGGGUGGCGGUGGUGCUGGGUCGAAGCGACCUCGUGGGGAACCCAGUGGGCAUGCUAUUACGCAAGCGCCACGCCACGGUCAUCUCUUGUCACUCCCAAACCACUCAAGUAUUGCCCUUUUACCCAAAUUGUAGACUAUUUUUUGUGCUGAUUCGCAAAUAUCGAUCGAUCGAUUGUACUGAAUUUUGUAUGUCACGAGCUUUUCUAUGGUGGUUGAAAUCACACUAAUUUAAGUCACGCACUAACUAUGACUUGAUGAUGAAAUCUGAUUGGCUAAAUACUUCUACCGAUUCUUUUGUACAUUUGUUUAUAAUAAACACAACAAUAUCGACAUACGUUUAUUGUUGUUGUUUCCAAUAAUAUCAUGACGUGGCUUAGAUUGAAAACCUCGUGCGCCAAGCCGACAUUGUCGUGAGUGCGUGCGGAGUUCCGCAGUUUGUUCGGGGCGAGUGGCUCAAACCUGGCUGCGUGGUCAUCGACGUGGGUAUCAAUUUCGUCGGGAAUGACAUGGUGGGGGACGUUUGCUUUAACGAAGCGCUGGGCAUUGCAUCGGCCAUCACACCCGUACCCGGAGGAGUUGGCCCCAUGACGAUUGCAAUGCUGAUGCGCAACGUAUGCAAAUCGUUCCAUCGACGUGUCACGACCGGCGAUGUCACCGCCGAGUAAAUUAGCACAACAUAGUAGCACAAGUUCCCUCAAUACAUACUUAGUCGAUAGUUCUAAUAAUGGCACGCGUAAUAUGGAGGCAUGGCGAUGCUGACAACAUUUG